AUGGACUUAAUAAAGCUUCCCCAAAAUGUGAUUGAAAAUAUAGCACUACAGAUGGGAUCUUCUGAUAGAAUAAGGCUUGCUCUAACUAAUAAAACGAUGUUCCAACAUGUCAUAGGUUCAGUGUAUCAUACAAUUAUAUACCAGCCGUCUUCAGAAUAUCCAAUUAUCAAGCGAAAUGAUAAUGUUAUUGAUAAUGUAACUCUAAUAAAUGAUGGAAAUAUAACUUUGUUCUUUGAAACCAUAUCAAGACCUUCAGUGCUAAAUUUUUAUUAUUCAGAUUUAGUGAUUGAGCUGUACCUAGAAAAGAUAUCUCACUUAUCCGCAUUUGAUUUAGUGUCAUGGAGACAGACUCAGAUGCCUCAUUUCAGCUGUUUAGAAAGAUAUCAAUUCCCUGAAGAGAUCAGCAUUCCUCCUAUAACUUUUCAAGAUGCUCCAAAUUUGAACACAUUAAUUGUUGAUCGUAACUUUUGUGACUAUUUGGAUCAUAGUGUGGAAUCUAUCAACUUCCUCCACAGCGAAAAAAUCCAAAACAUGUAUAUUAAGGGCGUUUUGGGUAGAAAUGAAGAUAUGACGAUGUUUAAGUUGCUCACGAGAAAUCCGCAAAUGAUUCGACAUCUUCAAGAGCUUCAUUUUUUAGUUGACCGACAUGAAAACUAUGAAGUUGUUUACAGGAGAAUUGUAGGUUUUUUUGCAAUCUUGAGAAAAAUGAAUCUAGGAAUGCAUCAGGUACACAAGCUUUCAGUUACUUUAACAAAUCGAUCCUCUUCGAGCAUCAUUUCAUUAAUAAGCAAACAUAUAAUAUUUGAAAACUUGAGUGAACUAACCUUGUUCAUACAAGACGACGGUAAAGUUUUGACAUUGGUUAAGUCUUUAGAUAGGCUCACCAACAUUAUCCGAUACCACGGUAGCAAUAUUAGGAAACUAAAUUUGAGGUAUGAUUUGGUUGGAGAAGAUAUUGAGAAAAACCAUUUACGUUCGAUGAUGUUGUUAAAACUUUGUGAAUCAUUCCAAAAUCUAACACAUUUAAACUACGAUUUAAAAAUAAGUGGGCUGAACUUUUCCAAUAUGUUGAUGAUCUUGGGAUCUCCCAUAACAAACAAUAUCAAAUCUAUCAUCGAUCUAAGAAUAAACGUUUACCAACCAUCAGAAAAUUUAGUUGGUAAUAUUGUUUCCACAUUGGAAGAGGCUAUGCAGCUAUUUCCUUACUUAAACUUUCUCAAUAGAUGCAACUGUUUGAUAUGUCAAUCAAUCGUUGAAACGUUAGCUCUGGAAGCUGACAAUAGCCCGCUUUUAUUUGAUGAAACUAUAAAAGUAUCGACAUUACUGAUAAUUGGGCAAGAAUUAGACAUGGCCCAACGGUUGUCAGAAUCAUCUAUCAACAGUAGUUCGGUGGUCAAUAAGCAUUCUUCGUGUUUAAGGAAAGAUGAUUAUCCUAAAAAUGGAUUUCUAUUUGAUCAUUUAAUUAAUUUGCAACUAAACCAUUCCCUCAAUUACCUACCAAACUUAAAAAACUUUGAAUUAUGCGGGCUUAUGUAUAAGAGAGUAGUUUACGGAUUCCACAAUAGCACCUCGCACUAUAACCAUCAUUUUGAUUUACUUUAUGGCAAUGAGUUUAGAGGUCUUGAAGACACAAUUGUUUCUAAUAUCAUGGGUAUGGGACACAUUUAG